AGCUUCUUCGCCAGAGUCCUCCAACUCUUGCUUUUUUAAAAAAAAUCCGCUGCAUAGGAUCACCGGCGUGCCCCACCAUGUCAGACAUGGCCGUGGACACCAGCUCCGAGAUCACCACCAAGAACUUAAAGGAGAAGGAGGACGUUGUGGAGGCAGAGAAUGGAAAAGAUGCACCUGCAAAUGGGAACGCUAAUGAGGAAAAUGGGGAGCAGGAGGCUGACAAUGAGGUAGAUGAAGAAGAGGAAGAAGGAGGGGAGGAGGAGGAGGAAGAGGAAGGUGAUGGUGAGGAAGAGGAUGGAGAUGAAGAUGAGGAGGCUGAGGCAGCUACAGGCAAACAGGCAGCUGAAGAUGAUGAGGAUGAUGAUGCUGACACCAAGAAGCAGAAGACCGAUGAGGAUGACUAGACAGCAAAAAAAAGGAAAAGUUAAAGGCCUCCGUGACCUAGUCACCCUCCACUUCCCGUCUCAGAAUCUAAACGUGGUCACCUUCUAGUAGAGACUCCCGCCCACCUGCCUGCCCACCCACCUCGGGCAGCGCCACCUGCAGAUGACACGCACUCUCCACCACCCAACCAAAACCACAACGUGAAUUUGCAACAGGGCAGGAAAAAAGAACCAAAACUUCCAAGGCCCUGCUCUGCUUUUUUUCUUAAAAGUACUUUAAAAAGGAAAAUUUGUUUGUAUUUUUUAUUUACAUUUUAUAUUUCUGUACACAGUGUUAGGGGUCAGCCAUUUUUAAUGAUCUUGGGAUGACCAAACCAGCCUUCGGAGCAUUCCCUGUCCUACUUCUGACUUUACUUGUGGUGUGACCGUGUUCAUUAUAAUCUCAAAGG